AUGAAAUUUUUAAUUUCUUUAAUUUUAAUUUUAUCAAUCGUAUAUAAUAAUUGUAAUGCCUUUUCUUUAAACAAAAACUCUAAUAAAAAAGUAUUGGACUAUGAUAUUUGUUUCCCAUCUGGUUCAACUGGAAUCAAUGGAUUCAGAACUAAUAUACUUGGCGUUGGUUAUAAUUCAUUAUAUCCAAAUGGUGAUGGUGCAAUUUCAUCAUACAUUGAAGAAAACCAAAUCGAUGUUGAUUUUGAAAACCAAAGAUUAUUUGCAAAUUACUUUAUGAAAUUAGAUGGAAAUACUGAAAAUAUCUUUGGAAGUUUUUGGGCAUUUUCAUCAAAUAAAACUGAAUAUUACUAUAUAGUUGAUAAUGAUGGUGUUUAUAAUUGUUAUUCAUCAGAAAUGGAUUAUGAAAUUUCAGCAAAUUUCGAAUUAGAUUAUGUCUCUGAAAAUCAAAUCGGUGCAACCCCAUGUGAAGUUUAUCAUUUAAAAUCAAAUUUAUUACAAAAUACUACUAUUCAAAGUAUUAUUGUUGACAAAUCCCAAUGUGCAUUAACAGCUUCAAUUCUUACCAUGGUUUCUCCAGCUAGUACAGGAGUUACAUUGGUAAACUAUUUCAACUAUAAUCCAAGCUCAAAUCCAAUUAAUUAUGAAUUACCGGUAGAAUGUGGAAAUCCAGUCCCAAUUAAUCAAGUUAUCAGACCAAGAUCAUUAAACUUAUUUAAACAACAUUAA